UAGUGCGUCACAUGUUGACUAGGGUUGCUAGCUGAUGCUACCGAAAGCUUGAAAAAAAUUACAAAGUCUAAGGCAAAGACGAAGAAUUAUAGAGACAAUUGGACUGUUGUUGUCGGUGCGUUGUACUUUGCUUCGCAAUGCCGUAACAGAGCAGUGUGUUGUUGGAUAAAACACACCUGUUAAUGUUUUAUUUAUUCUGACAGUCUGAUGUAGCUAGCUUGUUUGCUAGCCAGGAAGAGUUGACAUCUCACUGUUGGCUUCAGGAUAGCUAACACAGUCAACAUAGGAGCUAAAAUAAAGAGAGCUCCAGAUGCGGCUAAAGGACCCCUUCUCUUUAAAAGCCGCAGAUAUGACUAAGCGGACUAAUAAACCGAGGAAACCUCGAGAUGAGGAGUCAUCAGAUGAAGUCAGUGGGUUGACUUGCCAGCAUGUGAGUAAAGCAGUGGACUUGAGCUCAGUGAAGAAAUCAGUGCUCUCCAGCGUGUGGUUGGUGUGCUCUGAUUGCCUGAAAGAGAGGACCAUGAUUGAUGGAGAGCCAGCAGCAUCGUAUGACAUCCUGGUGUGCUUAAAGUGUGGCUUCCAAGGCUGUAACCAGUCAGGGAUCCAGCACGCUGUCAAGCACCACCAAGCUUUCCACCCAGAGUCUCACUGCAUCACCAUCAGCUUGAGCACAUGGAAGGCCUGGUGUUUUGAAUGUAACGAGGAGCUCUCCACUCACUGCAACAAGAAGGCUUUGGCUCAGACCCUGGACUUUUUACAAAAGCACUCUGUCAAGGCAACAUCAGGAGCAUCACCUAAGAUCAUUAAGCUGCAAGAGGAACCAUCAGACUAUGCUGACCCACCCAAAGGCAAGAGUCCAGCCAUCAACAGCACCUUGGUCCCUGUCAAAGGCAUCAAUAACCUCGGUAACACAUGCUUCUUCAACGCUGUUAUGCAGAACCUGUCUCAGACACACAUGCUCAUCGACCUCAUCCAGGAAGUAAAGGACAAAGGCUACAAACUGAGGAUCAGCCCCUCCGUCGAUACCAAUGUGAGUCCACUGACAGUUACGCUGCCUGGUCCAGAGCCCCUGACUGCGGCCAUGUUUCUCUUCCUCCAGAGCAUGAAAGAACCAGGGAAAGGCCCAGUCAACCCCAAAAUCCUCUUCAACCAGCUCUGCCAAAAGGCUCCGCGCUUCAAGGGCUACCAACAACAAGACAGCCAGGAGCUUCUGCACUACCUACUGGACUCCAUACGAGUAGAGGAAACUAAAAGGGUGAAAGCGGGAAUUCUGAAGGCUUUCAACAAUCCCACCGAAAAGACAGCAGAUGAAGAGACCAAACGCCAAGUCAAAGCGUACGGAAAGGAAGGUGUGAAAAUGAACUUUGUGGACCGCAUUUUUGUUGGCGAGCUGACUAACACAAUUAUGUGUGAAGAGUGCGAGCAUAUCUCCACAGUGAAGGAGGCUUUCAUAGACAUCUCCUUACCCAUCAUAGAGGAGAGGAUAUCAAAACCGUCCAACCCUGGUAGGCUGGGGAAGGGCAGCCGGGAGCAGGACACACACAUGACUCACAGUGACCAGGUUUUUUCCGCAGCACACUCGGUCAACAGAAACACCAGGAAGCUGAGCGGGCAGAAGCAGCAGAGCAGGAAGUCUUCAAGCUCCGUGGAGGAGAAGGGAGCAAGCUGCAGUGUGGAGCGGGUGGAGGAGGAGGGCGUAGCUGUUGGAUCAGCUCGUGGUGUCUCUGUUUGCAAGAUGGCUGCUGCCGGCAGCCUUUCAGAUGGCAGCGAAAGAGACUCAGGUGCUCAGGACAGCAGUAAUGACGCUGACAGUGAGGCCUCAGAGAGCGAGUGGGCCCCACGCACCUCCUCCUCCAGCCACAGCCACGGGCACAUGUCCACCCCAUCGUCCACCUCCACCCUCACUCCAUCCCCUACGCCCAUCUCUGCCUCCUCCCCCUCGUCAUCAUUCUCCAUGAGGCAAAGUGGUGCAGUAGAGCAGCUCGUCACUGCAGUGUCUAAAGUCAACCUCGGGUUCACUCCUGGGGACUGCUCUCCUUCUACACACUGUUCUCAGGAGGAGCAGGGAGAGGCGCAGUCACGAGAUAACCUCCACCAUCAACACCACCAGGGGGCCUUCCAGGCACUGUCCCACAGUUACACACCCAGCUCCAAGGAGUGCUCUAUCCAGUCCUGCCUCCACCAGUUCACCUCUGUGGAACUGCUGAUGGGCAACAACAAGCUGCUGUGUGAGAACUGCACUGAACGCAGACAGAAACAACUGCGCAAGAGCAGCUCAGCCGACAAGAAGCUGGAGAAGAUUUACACCAGCGCUAGGAAACAAAUGCUGAUAUCUUUGCUGCCUCCUGUCAUCACGUUGCAUCUUAAACGCUUCCAUCAGGCAGGGAUGAACUUACGAAAAGUGAACCGCCAUGUUGACUUUCCCCUCAUCUUGGAUCUGGCUCCAUUCUGCUCGGCAUCCUGCAAGAACCUGGCAGCUGGUGAGCGUGUCCUCUACAGCCUGUAUGGGAUUGUCGAACACAGUGGCUCAAUGCGGGGAGGCCACUACACUGCAUAUGUAAAAGUGCGCGCUCCCCAGAGGAAAACAGAACAACACCACAGGAACCUGUCAGGUGCGAGGGAUGCCGGCAGCAGCUUCCAGGGCCAGUGGGUGUACAUCAGUGAUACCACCGUUCAGACGGUACCAGAGUCAAGGGUACUCAACUCUCAGGCAUACCUGCUCUUCUACGAGGAAAUGCUGUAAUGUUACAAACAAAAGUACUUUUUUUCCCGAGAUCUCCGUUAAGCUUUGCAUUGUUUUGGUUCAUGCCUGUACUACUCCUCAUACUGUAUCUGUGAGUGGGUGGAGGGAGAAAAGGGAAAGACUUCACUGUACACUCACUUGUCUUACAUGAAAGAAAUGACCCUCUGUGCCAUUUGCAUAUAAAUUCUUAACUGAAAUUGGCACCUCUGAAUAUCUUAGAUCACAGGCUGAAAAAUAAAGAUGGAAGACAUGACAGCUCCUCAGAAGUGAAGCCAAAAUGUCUUGAUUCUGAUAUCAGACAGAACUGUCGCCUCACACUCUUCUUACACACUGUUUUCAUCUUCAGUCUGACAUUGCAUCCAACGAUUUCUAUGGGGGAGGGGGAUUCAAUUCUCCCUAACCAAUCACUAGAGACUAACAUAAAUGCCUGAAUCUAAUGCCAUUUUUAGUCCACACCGAUGCAUAGCCAUGCCAGUAUACCUGUUUUAAUGACUUACUUAGGCCUUAGUAUUUCUUUCGGAACAUAGGCCAUUGAUGAAUAGUGUCCACCCUCGUAACAUGUUUAUUUUGCUGGGGUUUUCAGCUCGUCAACUCGGUGGAGUAGGCUGAUUCCAAGGUCUGGACUCAGGCAAGUGCAAGAUGGCAGCGGCCGUAUCUGGGAUAUUUUGGCUUCAUUUUUGUACAGUGGGAAGAAGUGUAGACGCGUCUUCCAUCUUUAUAUACAGUCAUUGUCUUCGAUAUAUAAAAAACAAGUUAUUUUCUGAUUUUCAUUGCUGUUUAAAAACCCUAACCUUUAAAAAGAGGUGCGGAGAAAAGUGUUACAGAACCUGAGCUGUUAUCGUCUAUCUCAGUCACAAUCACGUGCCUGAGAUAUUAAGUGCAUGGAGUUUUCUACAGUUACUAACAGGAAACAAGCAGAAUUAUCGCAUGCUAAACUGCACUCAGCACUGACUAGUUGAUGUCAAGUGUGUGUGUGCGUGUGCACAUACGCACACAUGUAUGAGUGAAUGAGUGAGUGAGAGACAGGGGAAUGUAGAUCUCAGGUGCUAUGUGUAUCAUUUUCACACCAGUAAACUAUUGCAACAUUUAAUUUUGGUCAGUAUUACAGCUAGUGUAAUUAAACAGGAUGACUUCUCUGUCUGCAUUCACCACUAAAUAUUUGUCCAUUGUUGGUAGAUUUGUUAAGUCAUGUGCUUGAUUCUCUGGCGAUGGCAGAUGAUAGAUGGUAAAAAUGCCAAGAGAAAAAUGAAUUCAGGCAUGUUUGUCCUUUUCAGUAUAGAGAACGACGCAUGAGGACGAGUCGCAAUAUCAUUUAUGACAGAGUUUAUGGAAAAUAUGGGCGUACAUUUGAGAAACUCAAGCUGUUAUAACACAGCACCAGUGGUAGAGCUGGGCAAUAUGGAGAAAAUGAAAUAACAUAAUAUUUUUGACUAAAUACCUCGAUAAAUAUUGCAGCUAUUGGUGCUUUUACUAAGUAUUUACACAAUGAGAUUUUUUGUAAGUAAUCUUUAGUAAUGGGGAUAUAAUGACUAAGUGGGUAAAGACAAAUGAUAGAAAGAUCAGCUGAACAGUCCGUAAAACCAGGAAAAGCCAACACUUAGGAUAUUACGAGAUCCAGAGACGAUAUGUAGUUUAUCACAAUAUUGAUAUAAUAUUGCCCAGCCCUAACCAAAGUUCUUAACAGUGGCUAGUAAUUGUCUCAGCCUUGCCCCUCUUUAUUUAUGAUACUGAGAAUAACCAAGCUAUGACGGCUUCUAGUAGUUAACAUCAGCGUACUGGUUUAAAUUGUUACACAUAGCACCUUUAAAGAACAGCACAACAAUUAUUUUACAGCCUCCUUUAAAAAGGAUUGUCCUUUUUUUACAUCAGAAUGUAUAAAUGUAAGACUAUCAGUGUCAGCCAAAGACAAGUUUUGCAACUGCAAGUCAGAGCAGAAAAUCAAAACCAAACACACGAGAGGUUUACUUCACACAGUUUCUUUGACGUUAGUCCUUUCAAGGUCAUCAGUAUGGCUCUCGAGUGUCGUUGCACAAACAAACGCGCUCGAUGUUUAUCAGACCUACAAAGCGCCUUGUCUGCCUUCAUUGUAUCCCAGGUCUACUGUAACUGUAGGUGCGCUCACAAACCGAUUAAGAUGUUCCACAAAGAGUCAGCGCCACGACAGACUGGCUUUUUAUUCCCUAAUGCUAUCAUUAAGGUUGAACUAUAAAAAAAAGAAACAAACUCAAAGGCUUUGAGCCUGACUAGAAAACAAACAUAUUUGCUGUAAUGUGCAUGGGUUAAUGUUCUAAUGAAUGUAUUGCCUAUCCUUGAAAAUGUCUGUCAAAUGAGCUGUUCAUCUUUUUCUAUGAAAAUAUUUUAGAUGAAAACCUUUUUUUGUUGGUUGUCGGACAUUUGCCAAAACAGUAGAAAGGAAAGGUUUGAAAAUGUGCAUCAGAAUCUAAAGGUUUAUUAUGUUGUUUUUGAAACAAGGACAAAUUCAGUGCCUGUGCUUCAGGUUUAAAAUUCCUGUGCAUGGUGAGAAGAAAAACAUAUGCAGAGAGGGAUAUGUGUGGCAUAUUUAUGUACAGUACAAGUUACUGUAAGCAAAAAUAAAAGAGGUUAUAUGUAAUUGUACAUACAAGAAACAAAACAAAACCAUGGUGCUUCAGGCGUGCAGGGUUUUUCCUCAAUACAGCUUUUUGUUUCCAGAAAAUCAUUUAAUUUCCUUUAUGAAAUGAUAAACAUUUGGAAUGAGUAUAACUACAUACUGUAUCAAAAUAAAUCUAAUUUAUGAACUGAA